AUGGAAGAUGACAUACCAUUCGAAACUCUGGCUCAGUAUGUAGGCGCGAGUGAUGCCUUCAGAGCGACUAGCAAGAGAACCCAGCUUCAAUUCUAUGCACUAUAUAAAGCCUUUAAUCAAGGACCAGCUCCACAAGUGGAUGUCUUUCGUCGGCUCUAUAUGUACUUCAUUGAGCCCACUGAAUACGCGAAAUGGGCUGCUUGGGAUCUAGCGAGCUGGAGGUAUCGAACAAGCGCCGAAGUACGCUCUCGCUACUGCGUCUUGGCAAAAAGUAUUGGAGCAUUUCCUACAGAUGCUCAAUUGGCCAUCAUGCGGCUCUCUGGCACGAAACCUGCUGGCCGCGGCUCAUCUCUUGCCAAGGAAGUCGCAAUCACAGAGGCUCCUCUUGAAUUAGACGCAUUGAUUGAUGCCUGUGAGAAGGAUGAUGAGGAGACUAUACGCCUCUUUGCAAGUGGACAGGGCAACAUCAACAUCAAAACAGCAGAGGGCACGACAUUACUGCAUUUCGCCGUUGAUUACAAAGCUAUGCGCGUACUCAAGCUGCUUCUGACGAUGCCCUCGGUUGACAUAGAUGCACAAGAUGAUCAGGGACAGACGGCCUUGCACUUGGCAGCCAUUAAUGGGGCGGCAUGGCAGGAGUUGGGCAGAUUGCUCGUGACGCAGGGAAAAGCAGAUAUGUCCAUCAAGGAUCAUGAGGGGCAGUCGCCCGAGGACAUCUUGGUGGAUGAGGGCAUUGAUGUAUCCACAUGGCAGUAG